AUGGCAACAAACACCGACCCACAUCGGGAACUGGAUGACAGCCAAACCGACAAUACAAGCACUGGCACCGCCAGACCACCAGAGGCCCAGGAACCGACCUCUCGCACAAGCGUCACACUCUCCAGACAAUUGAUUCAAGAAUGCAAUGAGCUUCUUGACGAUGUCGAUGCUUAUUCAGCUCUUGUGGCAUCCACGCUCCGCAACCCGCAGUUCGUGGAAGUGCGCCAGUUCCGCACAAACGUGAAUGUCGAAUUGAAGAUUCUUCACAAGAUGGCGAAGCAAAUUGAUGAAGCCAUCGGGGCAGAGCAAGAAUCUGCUGAUCCAGAUACCGAAAUGCGCCUGCUACAUACUCUGCGCUCGUCAAAUUUGCCGUUUUAUCAGGCUAUUUGGAGGGUUACGAAGGGGUCCUGUUCUGGGCUGGUUGCUCUUGGGAGGAGGUUUUAUUGGGAAGGGGAGACGAAGGCGAGAGUGCGCGAGAGAUCCAAACUGAAAGCUGGCGCGCAGCCUGAGAAACCACCCAACAAGGAUAAGCGCAAGAGUGCUAUGGUUGACAUUGUUGCCGAUGACGGGCAGGAAUGGGUGAAGGUUUCGACUAUCUCGGAGAGUCGACUGCUAUUUGAGAUGGCAGAAAAGGGGUGGGAGUGUGAUAGCGAUGAGGAGUCUGAGUCUGAGGAGCGGACUGUGUUGCAGAACGAGGACGACGACGAUGAUGACGAUGAGAUGGAGCUCAUUAAGCUGGCUCGAGACUUACGCAGAGCUUCUAAUGCCACGCGGGUGAAAUACGUGCACCCUCGGCUACGGGUUGUGAUACCAAAGAUUGAGGAGGGAAGUGUUCCUGCGAUUGAUUCUAUCUUGACACAAAUGCGGAGCUAUGGUGUUCAGGUCGAGUGUCAGCAAAGUUUACCGACGAACACUGGCACUGAGCUGGCCUAUCUACUGCCUCAACCAUUCAAGAACUUCACACCUACCCUGAAUGUUGACUGCACCAUCCUGCUUGCCGUGGUGUCCGACCUUUCACACAUCAAAGACAUUGUCCCAACAUUCCAAUUCCACCCUGCUAUCCUUCGACAAAUCGAGGUUGAAAAAGAGAAGCCACUGUUGCCCUCAGAGAUCUGGCCGGCGAUGAGUGGCCGUGAACUUAUUGCCACUUCAGAAGCUGCAGUACGCUUUAAGGAAAUAGUCGAGACAAUCGGCACAGACACCGAGAAGAUCCGCACUCAGUUGCUGAUGGGAGAAGGACCAUAUGAAGGGCUCGACGGGGAAGCCAUUCGGCGAAAAUUCCAGGAAUUGUCCAACUACCAGAUUCCUGAGGAGUGGAAAAUUCCCAUUAAAGUGGUCGAUGCUCAAUCAGCGAUCGAUGCAGCCAAAGAAAAAGACGAACUUCACCCCGUGGUAUAUGAAGUUGCGAAAACGUUGUCGGACAUAAACAACAGCGUGUUCUUGUACGGUUGGGUCACGGGGUUAACGACAAUUUCCAGCAAUCGCACAAUCGAUAAGCAGAUCGAGGCCACGGUUGAGAGCAGCAGGGAAGACGAUGAUGACCUCAAAGGCCCUGAUGUUUGGAUUUGUGACACAGCGCGAAGUCUGGUGGGGAAAGAUAAAGAUAGAAGAAUAUAG